AUGAGCAGAGAUUAGAUGAAACUGGUUAGAUUUGCAAUGUAAUGUUGAAUUAUGAAUGCUAAGGCUGGGGUGUUGAAUUCAACACAAUCAAGUGAAAACGAAAGUGUUGAGGAAACCGUUCGUGCGUCAAAUUAUGAUGCAAGACCAGUUUGUAGGCUACUUCAACAGAACAAGAGAAACAAUGCUUGACAUUACAAUAGAUGUCUGAAGACGACUGUCUAAAUGGCAGACAUAUUAACUGUUCGAGCAUUCGUGUUCAUUCUUCUGCUCUUUCCACAGACCAUCACAAUGUGGACAGACUACCAUACAGUAAAUGUCCUAGCCUAUACUCGGAUGACAGGAAAUGGUUCCAUGGACCAGGCCGUGGUUGUACUGGUGAAUGAGACCGUAUUUGCAUACUUCGACCAGGCAAAAAAUACAUUUGUCUUACGCCCCAGUGCAACUGCGGGGUUCUCUGUUUUGGAGACGCGUGACAGCAAAUUCUGCCUGUGGGAGGUAUUAAAGGGAUUCACUCGACAAGCUGAAUAUUUGAAAAAGUUCAGAGAGGAAACAAGAUCGUCAAAGCCACUUUUGGCACGCCCUUCAGUUAAUAUGUACACCCAGUUUCCUGAGGAGCAAGGAAAAACAAACAUGCUUUACUGCUAUGCAACUGAGUUCUACCCUGGUGACAUAGAAAUUAACUUUUUUUUAAACGGAGUCAUGGUGAAGGGAGAGACUUCUGAUUUAAUGUAUAAGAAAGAUUGGACUUUCAGAGUUUACAAAUAUAUGAAUAUCACGCCAACGCCUGGAAACGAGUACAUAUGUGAAGUGAAACACAGCAGUAUGACAGAACCCAAACUGACUGUGUGGAGGCCUGAAUUAUCUGAAUCACACCCCUAUUGGGCUUACACACCUGUUGGUGUCCUGUUAGGCACCAUUGUAUCUAUCCUCAUUUUCAGAAAGACACGAAACACCCAAUCAUAGCGGUGUUUAGAAGAAGUUUGUGUGUUACCUGUGAACUGACUGUACAUCAGAGUUUCUUGAUUAGCCUCUAUAAAUAGUUGUGAAGCAUCAAAGUACACUGUUUGGUACGAUAAAUGUUAAAAUAUUGUGUUCCCUUGUUUUGUUUGGUUUAAAUGUAAAAACGCUCCUUUUAAUCCAAAUCAAUUUUCCAUAAAUAUCUACUCACAUAAUUUAUGUACUCUUCCUUUAAUAAUAAAA